CCCUGCGGUCCAGUGCUGGGCAGUGAGACCUAAGAUAACCUUUAUCAGAAAGGAUGCAGUUGGGGAAAGGAAAACUGCUCAGGACUGGACUGAAUGCAUUGUAUCAAGCAAUACACCCAAUCCAUGGCCUUGCCUGGACUGAUGGGAGUCAGGUAGUCCUAACGGAUUUACAGCUUCACAAUGGAGAAGCCAAGUUUGGGGACUCCAAAGUCAUUGGACAAUUUGAACGCGUCUGUGGGCUGUCCUGGGCCCCAGGUGGUACAGCUGACGUACCCACUCUGCUUGCUGUCCAGCACGAAAAUCAUGUCACUGUGUGGCUGCUGUGUCCCAGCAUUAUGGAGACAAGCAAAUGGCUGAUGUCUCAGACCUGUGAGAUUAGAGAAUCACUUCCUGUCCUUCCCCAGGGUUGUUUGUGGCAUCCAAAAAAUGCUAUCCUGACUGUGUUGACUGCACAGGAUGUUUCUGUUUUCCCUAACAUUCACUGUCACAGUUCCCGGGUAAAAGCAGACAUCAACACACAGAGCUGCAUUCGCUGUGCAUGUUGGACCCAGGAUGGCCAGAGGCUGGUGGUGGCAGUAGGCAGCAGCCUGCAUUCUUAUAUUUGGGACAGUGCUCAGAAGACUCUUCAGAAGUAUUCCUUAUGCCCAGUGUUUGAUGUGGACAGCUGCAUCUGCUCCAUCAGUGCAACUGUGGACUCACAGGUUGCUAUAGCCACUGAGCUUCCACUAGAUAAGAUCUGUGGCUUCAAUGCAUCUGAAAUCUUGGACGUUCUCCCUAAUGGUGAAGGCACUUCUCUGCAUACUUUCCCAGUUAUUGGUGAAGUGCCCUGUAUGGAUAAAGGUGCAAUUGACAGUGAAACAAAUUCUGAAAUAUCACUUUCUCCUUCUUGUUUAGAUCCUUUGGACCUAACUCAUAUACAUUUCAGUCAACAUAGGUCUGAGGGUAGUUCUCUUAUUUCUCUAGGAAAAAAGGACUAUUUGACAGAAACAGGCCAGGAUUCUUCACAUUUAGUCCUUGUGACCUUUAAGGAAUUAGUUGCCAUGAGCAGUAAAGUCACCAUUCCAGGCAUUUUGGUUCCUGAUUUAAUAGCAUUUAAUCUUAAAGCACAGGUAGUGGCAGUGGCUUCUAACACUUGCAAUAUAAUUUUGAUCUAUUCUGUCAUUCUAUGUUCUAUGCGAAACAUCCAGCAAAUUCACUUAGAGAAUACUGAAAGACCAAAAGGCAUAUGUUUCUUGACAGACAAAUUAUUAUUGAUUUUGGUGGGAAAGCAAAAAUUCACUGAUACAACAUUUCUUCCUUCUUCAAAGUCCGAUCAGUAUGACAUAUGUUUGAUUGUUAAAGAAGUAAUGUUGGAAGAACAAUCUUCAGUAACCUCAAAUGAAAGCCAGAGUGCCUACUCUACUUUCAGUGCUCUGUUAAAUAAGUCAUAUAGAAAACAGUUAAUUGAAGGUCUUUGCCUAGAUUUUUGUUACCAAAACAGAGAGUUCUUGUUAACACCUAGUACCAGUAGGCAGAGUGGAAGGCCUGAAGAAAUCCAGAGUCCCUCGUCCAGUAUCUGUGCUGGCCACAUAGCCCUAGAGACACCCGACGCUAAGCCUAUUAAUCAGUCAGCAGCACUGCCCAGGCACAGCAGCACACCGGACCACACCAGCGCACUGGAGCCUACUAAUUUGUCCCAAAGAAAGGACUUGCAAAGGGAAAAUGAAACUUCUCAGCUGUCUAAGGAAGUGGAAAUUUUAUCUAGGAAGCUCACUGAAAUGCAGCGAUGUCUUUCUGAACUCACACACUUUCUACAUAGUGAGAAGAAACCCUCUUCCGUGUAUCCACUCUUUCAGGAUCCUCCUUACGUUCACAUCGUUUACCAGAAACCUCAUCAUGUAGGUCCUGUUGUUCAAAAAAGAGCGGUGCUUCUCUGCGAUGGCAAACUAAGGCUUGGUACAGUUCAGCAGGCUUUUGGCCUCUCUCUCAUUGAAAUGCUGCAUGACUCCCAUUGGAUCCUUCUCUCUGCUGACAGCGAGGGCUUUAUCCCAUUAACUUUCACAGCCACACAGGAAAUAAUCAUAAGAGAUGGCAGCCUGUCCAGGUUAGAUGUCUUCAGAGACUCUUCAUCUCAGCCUGGAUCCUGUUUCUUCUCUUAAAGUCUUUAGAGACCUUAUUGUCCAAAAUUUAGAUAUCACUGGCUGUUCUAACCAUUUAGCCAGUGUGGCCUGGUAUCUGUUUGCAGAGCAUUUGCUGUGUAGCUCUUCAGGAUGAGACCAUUACAAACAAGGUCUGUUUUCCACGUGGACUCUCGGCAGGGAGAUUCACACUGCCGUCAGUGUCAGGCGGGGCACUUGCCGUGGUUUGCUCUGCCGCUUUCCCCCCUUUUCCCCUGGGCUGAGGCUCGCUCCUCUGCAGCAGAGCUCAUCUUUGUUAGAUGGCUCAGAAAGUGCUUGUUUAUGUAUUCAUGACUGUGUGGUUUUAUCUAAGGGCAGAAUUCCCAGAACAAAACAAUAUUAUGGUGCCAUACGGAUUGUUUUAUGGUUUCUCUGAGGCUUUGUGUCCCUUGCCCAAAGCUGUGUUGAAAUUGUCUUAGGAGCACUUAAAAGAUAGCCUCAGCAUUGUUAGAGGUCUUUUUCCGGCUUAAAGAGGGUAGGUAGGAAGUGCUCCUGGAGAGCAUAUGCUCCAGAAUAUCCUUUUAACCUCAAAACUAGCAGGAAUCAGCAGAGCUCAAAGGAAGACAAAAACCCACUGACUUUUGCUGCCAGGGCUACCUGGAACAGGAAGUAGAGCUCUGAUGCCAUUUGACCUCCCAGGAUUUACACCUAACCCUCUUGCCUCCUUAAAAAAUUCUGGCUGACAAAGGUCCAGAAACUAGCCCUGGGAAAAUUUUGAAUGAAAUUUCAAGUGAAUUUAACCUCUCUGGGCUCUACUUGAGGUUGUGCUGAUGCUACUAGUAUACUGCCAAGCACAGGCAAGGCCAAAGCGUGAUUUUGUGCCAUUGCCACACUCAUGAUUUUCUACCCAAAAUACUUUUUUUUUAAAUUUUCUGUUUGGGGAUCAUAAAAAUUUCCUAUUUUUCUCCUAGUAGUCAGCUCCAUUGAUUAACUUGUCACUUUAAUUUUGAUAUUUUUCUUUUCCCUACUUUCCAGUCUUAAGAGACCAGCAUAGAAUCUGUGAAAGUAUUUCAGAAAGUUGGAAAUUUACUGAAUCUGAGGUCGUUCUAAAAAGUACCAGUUUGUUAUAGUUAUGGCCUAAAGUACCAGUUUAAUGUAGUGACAAGAGUCCUGAUUACUUUCAGAUGGACACACCAGUUCUCACUGCCUUUGGACAAAAUCACAGAUUUCAGUUACUGCAGCAUAACGAAUUGAUCAGUGGCUAGACAGAGCCCAUCUGCAGAUAAAUUAUUUCAGCCAUAGAAGCUCCAUAAGCACAUAUGUUCCUUUUCCCCCCCUCUUUCCUUGAAAAUCAUCUAGAAAAAAAUAUUUUGUACCCUUGGGGACUGCUGUCUGUUUCAGUUUAUGAAGAUGGAGCUGGGCUAGGAAUGAAGUGAGGGCCCAUUUUGUGGUUCAGAUGCAUUAGACAGCGGCUGGGCUAAUGGAUGUGGAGGCCAGUGUCUGUCAUCAGCUGCUGGAGAGUGGUAGCUGAGGACAGUCUGAGGCCUGGCUCCAUUUGCGAAGGAAGUGUCCGGGGUGCGAUGAAAUCACAACUAUCUUGAAGCCUGGGGAGGGGCCUAGGGGGUCCUUGAGUAGGAUCAAUGUGGGUGCCUGAAGGUGUAUGUUAUAAUCUCCAUUUCUCAGGUCAAAAUCCUGUGAAUGAGUCUUCAAUAAAAUCAUGAAUUGUUA